CAUCAGAAAAAAUCCUCCGAGCUGGAAAGGUAUUACGGAAUACUAUACUAUCCCGUGCUCCUCACAUGAUAAGAGACCGGAAAUACCACCUGAAGACCUACAGACAAUGCUGUGUAGGAACAGAACUGGUAGACUGGAUAAUGCAGCAGAGUUCCUGCGUUCAUUUACGGACCCAGGCUGUGGGCAUGUGGCAAGUAUUGCUGGAGGAAGGUGUUCUCAAUCAUGUGGACCAAGAGCAAUACUUCCAGGAUAAAUAUUUAUUUUAUCGAUUUUUGGAUGAUGAGCAUGAAGAUGCCCCGGUGAUGCCAACUGAGGAAGAAAAGAAGGAAUGUGAUGAAGAGUUACAAGACACCAUCCUCCUGCUUGCUCAGAUUGGACCCGAUGCUCAUAUGAGGAUGAUUCUUAGGAAGCCACCUGGUCAGAGGACUGUGGAUGAUCUCGAAAUUAUUUAUGAAGAACUUUUGCACAUUAAAGCUUUAUCUCAUCUUUCAACAACAGUAAAACGAGAACUAGCAGGUGUUCUGGUGUUUGAAUCACAUCCCAAAGCAGGGACAGUUUUAUUUAAUCAGGGAGAAGAAGGGACAUCUUGGUAUAUUAUUCUGAAGGGUUCAGUCAAUGUAGUAAUUUAUGGAAAGGGUGUGGUGUGUACUCUACAUGAAGGUGAUGAUUUUGGCAAAUUAGCCUUAGUGAAUGAUGCUCCCAGAGCAGCUUCCAUUGUUUUGCGGGAAGAAAACUGCCACUUCUUGAGAGUAGAUAAAGAAGACUUCAAUAGGAUACUCCGGGAUGUUGAAGCAAACACAGUAAGAUUGAAGGAACAUGACCAAGAUGUCCUGGUGUUAGAGAAGGUCCCAGCAGGAAACAGGCCUUUUAAUCAAGGAAACGCACAGCCUCUUCAGCACAAGUAUAUUGUAAUGUCGGGAACUCCAGAAAAAAUUUUAGAACACUUUCUAGAAACGAUGCGACUAGAAUCGACGCUAAAUGAAGGAAUGGAUGCCGGUGUGAAUGAUUUUGUUACAAUGCAUUGUGUAUUCAUGCCAAACAAUCAACUUUGUCCAGCUCUGAUGGCUCAUUACCAUUCUCAGCCUUCUCAAGGCACAGAGCAAGAAAAACUGGAUUAUGCAUUGAAUAAUAAAAGGCGAGUUGUUCGUUUAGUUCUACUAUGGGCUGCUUUUUAUGGUGAUGUUCUGCCAGAAGAGGAAGCAGCAGUGGCAUUUCUGGAGGAGUUUUACGUAUCUGUAUCGGAUGACGCAAGGGUAAUUACAGCACUCAAAGAACAGUUCCCAGAGCUAGAGAAAACUAUGAAACAAAUAUCAGAAGAACCUAAAGGACCUCAGAAAAAGCACAAAGUCCUUUUGCAGCACUUUAACAUGAGUGAUGAAAGAACACAAAAACGCCAGCCCAUCAGGGGAAGUGAUGAAAUUUUAUUCAAGGUAUACUGUGUGGAUCACACAUACACCACCAUCCGCAUUCCAGUUUUCUCAUCUGUUAAAGAAGUCCUCCGCGCAGUAGCCGACAAACUGGGCUCUGGAGAUGGCUUGAUAUUGGUCAAGAUGAGUUCGGCAGGAGAGAAGGUGGUUCUCAAACCUCAGGAUGUUUCAGUGUUUACAACACUCAGUGUUAAUGGACGCCUCUUUGCUUGUCCUCGUGACCAGUUUGACUCACUGGUACCACUACAGGAACAAGAAGGCCCAUCGACAGGGACGAUGGGAACUUUUGAACUCAUGAGCUCUAAAGAUCUAGCAUACCAAAUGACUAUUUUUGAAUGGGAACUUUUCAACUGUGUUCAUGAGCUGGAACUGGUUUACCAUACGUUUGGGCGGCACCAUUUUAAAAAGACAACUGCCAAUCUCGAAUUAUUUUUACGAAGAUUUAAUGAAAUCCAGUUCUGGGUCGUGACAGAGAUUUGCCUUUGCUCCCAGCUCAGCAAGCGUGUUCAACUCUUGAAGAAAUUUAUUAAAAUAGCAGCCCACUGUAAGGAAUAUAAAAACUUGAAUUCUUUCUUUGCUUUGAUUAUGGGACUAAGCAACGUUGCAGUGAGUCGCCUUACAAUGACCUGGGAGAAACUUCCAAGCAAGUUCAAGAAGAUCUAUGCAGAGUUUGAAAGCUUAAUGGAUCCUUCAAGAAACCAUAGGGCCUACAGACUCACAGUUGCUAAACUGGAACCGCCUAUUAUUCCCUUUAUGCCUUUACUCAUCAAAGACAUGACAUUCACAUAUGAAGGCAACAAGACCUUUAUUGACAAUCUGGUGAACUUUGAAAAAAUGCGCAUGAUUUCAAAUACUAUUAAGACAGUGAGAUUUUGUCGGAGCCUGCCUUUCAAUCCUGAUGCAUCUCAAGCAAAUAAGAACCAUCAGGAUCUCCGGGGUUAUGUCCGUCAGUUAAAUGUGAUUGAUAACCAGAGGACUUUAUCACAGAUGUCACACCGUCUUGAGCCACGGCGUACUUAAGUGUUGGGGAUUAUACCUCCCUCUUUCUCCAAUACAAGGUCAUUCCUAAGAACAAUCCCUCUUUUUGGUACUGCACUGCCACUGCAGAGAGAAGCAACAAUGAAUUCUAAGAUCUUUGGCCAUUAAUGCACAAUGCUCCUACCACCCAGGAAACAAUGGAGAUGUUUGGUUGUUGAAGAGAACAUGAUGGGUAGCUGAGAGGUUGCCAAGAUUGUACACCCUACAUUCAUGUAAAAAAAAGUUUUGUACAUAAUAGAAGUCUUUAUUUAAAAAUGGAGAAAAUUCCAGAAGCUGGUGAGAUGAAUAUUUAAGAAAAAAGUAUGGAUGGAUUCCUUUGCUAAUAGAAGAAAUUAAAUGUUCACUACAAAAUUAAAUGCCCAAUGGAUUUGCCUGUUUCAGUAGCAAAAAUUAUCAGUAGCAGAAAAAAAAAAUAGUAACAUCCUACCAUGUUUUUCAUAUUCAGAGAAUAGUUAAAAGCCUUUUUUUCCCUGCAAGAGAAGUAUAUUUUUUAAAAGUCAACUCUAACCACACUUGCCUUACAGCAGUAGAGCAUUAUGACCACCUCUGAAGCCCUAAGACAGGCCGAGUCCUUAAUACAUUGGUAUCUAUCGUGUAGAUUUCACUAUGUUGUUGUCAUUGUUGUUGUUUUAGUUCUUUUUAAUUGCCAAUCAGGAUUUUACCCAUUGUCAGAACAAAGUAAUGAGGUUUUGGAAAACAGAAUUAAAGGCAGGUGGGAAGAUACCAACUCAAACAGAGCACAAUCUGCACAAUUGUUCAAGCUAUUUUCCUGGAUAUAGGAAAUCUUUAAAAUCAGCUGUACAGCUGGCUGUUUUAAGUGGUAUUUCUAGACUAAACUUUACAAAAUAUCUUCUAAUUUUCAGGAAUCAUUUUGCACUUUUCAACAGGCAGUAUAUGCAAGUGUUAAUUUAUUUCUUUAUGUGUUAGGCAUUGUUCCAUAAAAAUGUUUUAUCUAUUUUAUUUAGCAUGUAAUUGAAGUACAGGUUUCUGUUUAUACCUGGUCUGUAUUUCAUGCUAAAAGGAGAUGGUUUAUGAUUUAUGUAAAUAAAAUGCACUAAUU